AACCACAUCAUUCAUUCUAUUUUGAGAGACUCUCUAAAGUCUUUCUUCUUUGGCUUCUUCUCAAAUAUUUAAACCAUGUUUGGCUCUUCCACUUUCCAAGAAACAAUCAAUAUUUCUCAUCAAACUAUAAACCCUAAUUUUGCCUUUUCUCCUCUCAUCAAUAUGAAUCAAGAUCAUUGCCACAAUAUGUAUCAAGAUUUUGACACUUCGUUUAUUGAUCAGUUGAUUAAUGAUAGUGAAGAAUAUUCCAACUCAAAUAACAGCUUUAAUACUUCACUUUAUUCACAAAAUCCUUUCAUGCAACAAGAGAUAAGCACUAGUACCUAUAGUGGAAGCUGCUCAUCAGCUAGUUCAUUUGAUGCCACACCAACAAAUAUUCACAUGAAUGAAAAUUCAAGCAAGGGGAUAGAGAAAGAAAAGAAGGCUGAAAAGCAUGCAAUUGCUUUUAGAACAAAGACCGAGCUUGAGAUCUUGGAUGAUGGAUACAAAUGGAGGAAAUAUGGAAAAAAGAAGGUGAAAAGUAACACAAAUCCAAGGAAUUACUACAAGUGUUCAAGUGGAUGUUGCAAGGUAAAGAAGAAGGUGGAAAGAGAUGGAAAUGAUUCCAGCUAUUUGAUAACAACAUAUGAAGGAAAACACAAUCAUGAAAGCCCCUUUAUCAUUUACUGCCAAGAAAAGUCAACAGUCAGUUUUCACAAUGAUCAAUGGAGUUUGCAAUUAGCAGAUUCUUUGUGGUGAUCUUCUUGGAGCUGCUAGAAGACUUUAUUCCAUAAUUAGAAACAUUAAUAUGUGUCAAUCCCUUUAUAUAUAGGAAGGAAACAUAUAUAUACUACUUCUUUAUAUAUAAUUAAUUGCUCACUCCUUGUAUAUAAUCAUGUCAAAUAUAAUAUGUAGGUAAAGUUAUUUUCUAAUGGUGA